AUGAUACGAGCCGAACCAAGUUACUUCUCCCUGCUGCUGCUCCUGCUGCUGGGACUGUGGGUGGCAGAGAUCCCAGUCCACGCCAAGCCCAAAAACAUGACCCCAGCUCAGUGGUUUGCAACUCAGCACGUGCAGCCCAAGCUUCAAGCCUGCAACGCGGCAAUGGGCCAUGUCAACAAGCACACAGAGCGCUGCAAACCCCUCAACACUCUCCUGCAUACUACCUUCUCCAGUGUGGCUGCCACCUGCCAGACCCCCAGUCAAAUGUGCAAGAACGGCCAUAAAAACUGCCACCAGAGCCCAAAGCCUGUGUCCCUGAGCACAUGUAAGCAUAUUUCAGGGAAGUACCCCAACUGCAACUACAGAGAGAAGCGCCUGAGCACAGAUUACAUAGUGGCCUGUGACCCUCCCCAGAAAAAGGACUCUGGGAAAUUCCACCUGGUUCCUGUGCACUUGGACAGAGUCAUUUAA